GAAUGAGCAUUUCACAUGGAAAGCGUUACUCCUCCCUCAGCACGGUGGUUCUAUGUUAAAAGCGAAACAGCACCUCGACAAGAUCAUUGCCUUAUUCCCGAACGAACCGGUGGCAAUUAUGGCAAACUACGCCUUAUUUCCGAUCGAGCUGCAUUUGGAUGUUCAAACACUAAUGAUGGCAAAAUCUGGUGGGGGCUCCUACAAAAAAGAGCAAGCUCACACGAACCCAACCAACGUCUGCUGGCUUUUGUACUUCGUGCUAAAAAAGUGGGGAAGGCAGUUGAAGAUGAAAAUGCGCAUCGACGACGUGCGCAUGGGUUUCUACAAUUUGGUGUACCUUCCCGGUUUCACUCAAGCGGCGAUUUCUAACAUGUCGUCCCGCAAUGUCCUCAAGGUAGCAGUCGUCAUUUUCACUACCUCACAGUGAACAAUUUCAAACAAAUUCAGCUCAAGUUUCAGCACCAACUUCAAAUCCUCAUCAGUAAAUCAGUUCUCAAUCAUCUCACUCACGCAUCAGUGAUCUUUCUCAAAUAAUCCUUCUCACCUACAGUCGCUGGUUGCAGAAAUUCCAGAACACGAAAUCAAGCAGCUCCAGGAUAAAAACGCCAAUAAACGUGGCCGAAACGCGAGCACUGAUGGUGGCGGAAAUGGCGGCGACAGUGGUUUUGACGCCAAGCGCGGCCGCAUUGGCAACAACGACGACAAGGAAACUCCGAUGACUUCUGACAAACGCAUCGCUGAUGCUAUUGAACGCGCCCCAUUGACGGUAGUUCAUGUUUAAGUUCGGACAUUUCGCAUCACAAUCGUGCUUCAGAUCAAGACUAGACAAGAUCAACUCAAAGUCGUGUUUCACACAGAAUCCUCACCCUCGCAAACCUCAGUAACUGCUAUUCAUCUCUCACAGCCGGCCGGAGCGGCAGCUGCACAGAAGAAGUGUUUGGAUCUCACCCCGCAAGCAUACUAUAAAUAUUUCACUGAUCGCAAGACCGCUUGCCGCAACUGCUGGUUAGCCGGAAAGGGAUUGGUGGCAGAGCAUUCGUUUGGAUUCAACUUUUGCGAAAACGCUGGAAACAGUUGCUAUCUCGAGUGUCGUCCAUGCAAGGAACGCAACAUCACGGUGUGCCACUGGUUGAGCAAGUGCCCGCACAAGGAGGAGUACAUCAAGAAAUUGGAGCAGAAAGGUGCGGGAAAGAAAGGUCGCCGCAGUAGUGGCAAAUAAGGCGGCAUCCACGUCACCCGAUGCACCGAGCGCUUGCUUUAUAAAACAGUAACCGUGGCAACUCGAACAGGUUGCACCAAGAGAAUUCAUUCAUCCUUAUCAGCACUACCCACAUCUCGUCAAACGAAUAGCAUAUCAAAACUUCAAGAAGUCAAAACAUCCCAACUAACUUCACCUUGUCAAAUAAUACUUCAGGAGCAAUCGGAAUUUCGCAAUACUGUACACAAUAACAUUUCCCAACCCCGAUCUACAGCAAUGCUUUGAGUCAAAACAUUUCAUGCACAUGAACGAAGCCAACGUUCUCACCAAAUAUUCACUCCACCAAACGUGGAGUCUUCUGC